GCUCGCCCAUCUUCUCCGUGUCAACAACACCCAAGCUUCUAAACACCGCCAUCACGACAAGCGAACAACAACCUAUAAACACACACACACACCCAUACGCAGCACACCUGCGCAUUUCCGAGAAAGACAAAGACAAAACCAUAUCUCAAACCCAAUUGCCAAUCACAAACCGCAACACCAUGUCGCGCGACCAAACACCAACAACAACCCCCGACGCCGCCGCCCGCUCUUGGCUAAGCGGCGGCUCUUCCCCUUCCUCUCCUGCUCCCUCCGCGCCCUCUCAAGACCUUACCCCCCCGACCGGUCAACAACCACAACAGACACCCCCUCCCCAGGGACAAUCACCAGCAGACGCCGCCCAACAACCACCCCAACCCACCAAAAAACAGCCCCAGCACACCAACCGCAUCUCCCUAACCGAAGCCGUCUCCACCAUCACUCCGACCGACUUCCUCUCGGUGCACGAAACGCCCUGCGCACGCCAGGGAUUUAUGACAGGCAUCGGCUCGGGCGCGGGCAUCGGCGCGUUGCGGUGGAUCAUGGGCUUUCCGAUCCCGAAAGCGGCCAACUGGGGCGUGGGGUGCGGGAUCGUGGGGGCGAUGGCGCACUACGAGUACUGCCAGUGGCAGCGGAGGAAGGAGAAGGAGAAGAUGCAGCGGGUGGUGGCGGUUUAUACGAAGAAGCAGGCGGAUAGUAGGGCUAAGGAGGCGAAGGAGAGGAGGGAGAAGAUGGAGCAGCAGCAAGGGAAGGAGGGGGAGGUGUCUGGGCAGAAGAAAAGUUGGUAUAAGUUUUGGUGAGGUGGUGUGAGGUGGGAUGGAGGGCGAGGAGCAUACUUAGUGGAUAGGAGGUUGGAUGUAGGAUAUGAUGUGUAUCGAUAUCUGGGAAGUUCUGAGGCGUUUGGACAUUUACGUACAAUGGAAGCAUGGUUAUGGCGCAUCACGGCAGCGAGUUCAGCAUGUAAAAAUUUAUUCUCCAGGGACAAAGGCGUGCUUCUACGCUUCGAAGUCAUGAUAAUCAAUGAUAUUAAGCAAU